GGCGUGCGGUGCAGAAAGGAAAUAGUCUGAAAUCGUUCCAAAAGAGAAAAGAAGAAGAAAAUGGUGGAAAGUUAUUUCUUGUUCAUUCUCAUCUCAAUCGUUCUUGCGUCUUCUCCACUCCCCUUCACCACUGGGUUACCUCUGGUGAGAAAUAUUAGCGAGAUUCCUCAGGAUAACUACGGUAGACCAGGUCUCUCUCACAUGACUGUUGCAGGUUCAAUCUUGCAUGGAAUGAAAGAGAUUGAAGUAUGGCUUCAAACAUUUUCACCAGGAACACACACCCCGAUUCACAGGCAUUCAUGCGAAGAAGUUUUUAUUGUUCUCAAAGGCAGUGGCACUCUUUAUAUUGCAUCAAAUUCACAUGGGAAAUACCCUGGAAAUCCUGAGGAACACAUUAUCUUUCCAAACAGCACAUUUCAUAUUCCUGUUAAUGAUGCUCAUCAGCUUUGGAACACCAAUGAGCAUGAGGAUUUACAAGUUCUAGUUACAAUAUCUCGUCCACCUGUUAAAGUGUAUGUGACCUCUAUUCCCAUUAUCUUCAGCUUUCAUACUUUACCAAUGAGGUUUAUAUAUGAUGAUUGGUCCGUGCCCCACACUGCAGCGAAACUGAAAUUCCCCUACUACUGGGAUGAGCAAUGUUCUCAAGAAACUUCAAAAGAUGAACUGUGAUUUAUGGUCAAGGUUUACACUUCACACUAAUCUUAUUGCUGCAAAGCAUUUCUUAACUAUAAGUUAAAAACUGUUUCAUUCAUAUUGUUUAGUCUAACAUCAUCACUGCAUCCACAAUGACUUAAUAUUUUAGCAGUUUCAAAAAUUUUGGUACAAACUGAUCAGCAUGGUUAUGCAAAACAGUAAAACAGACAGAAGAUUCUUUAAAAGGGAUGUAUGCACUAGCCAUUUUUGGUAGUCAUGUUUUUAUUUUUACUGUUGGAUACUGGGUCUGAAUGCAUCCAACAAUCUUUCAAGGGCCAUAACACAGCCAACCUAUUGAGGUACCAUGUAAUUUCCCUUGAAAAGAGUGAUUCUUUUAAGAGAUAAAGUAAACCUGCUAUAAAGGAAACUCCAUUCCCUCUCUUGAA